AUGGUAGAAAAAGCUAUGGCAAUGUCGUCAGAUAUUCCAGGCACUUCGGGUCUAGAAAAGCGUGAAGACACAAACUCCGAACUACAAAACAGUUGUGAUAAAUUUAGUGAUAAUGAUCAUUUAAAACACAAUAUUGAUGAUAUUGAAGAGUUCGAAGACUCCGACGAUUCUGUCAAUGAUUUCGAUCAGCAAGAGGUGCCAUUACCAGAAAUUACAGAAGCAGAAACAAAUAAUACCAAUAUCACUAUAGUGGAAAAAUAUAAGGGCCGUCCGAAAAAGGGAAGAAAAAUAAAACAUGAAGGACAGGAUAGAGCAAAAAGGAAGAAACUGACAAACAGUAAUAAGCAAUAUUAUUCAGCUAAAGGAAAACUGGUUCAUCCAAAAGAAUUUGUUGAAUAUAUAUGUCCAUGUUCCAUGGAAUGUCACCAAAAAGUAUCUAUUGAAGAGAGAAGGCAGUUUUUUGACCACUAUUGGAACUUGGGAGACUAUAACGUUCAAACAACCUACUUAUCGACAUGUGUUAGGGAAGAAAAGAAAAAACGGGCACAUACUGCUGCCAGAAAUCCAGAAAAGCGACAAUUUUCCAGACAAUACUUUAUCAACAAACAUCUUGUUUGUAGAAAUAUGUUUGUUAAAACUCUCCAAAUCUCAACUAAACGCAUUAAUACAUCACUUUGCAAGAUAAGGAAAUUAUCAACACUUGACUUCCGAUGUGUUGCUGGUGGUCACAACAAAAUUUCUGAUGAGCAAAAAAAUUCGGUUAUCAGUCACAUUAAUAAAUUUCCCCGCUAUAAGUCUCACUACUGCAGAAUGAAGAAAGACAAACAGGAAUACCUAACAGAAGGAACGACACUUACAGUUAUGUACAAGUUUUACAAAGAUGAAAAUAACCUGAUAUUAUGGAGCGACUCCUGCGGAGGACAAAACCGCAAUAUCAAAAUGGUGCUUCUGUUAAAAUGUGCUGUUGAAGUAUCUACACACCUCAAAAGUAUAGAGCUGCGCUUUUUAGUAUCGGGACAUAGUUUUCUGCCCAAUCACAGUGAUUUUGGGGAUGUAGAAUGCGUUCUCAAAAGGCAAACUAAAAUGUAUUCGCCUGAGGAUUACAUCCAGGUUAUGAAAUCCUGCAGAAGGAAGCAUCCCAUUGAGGUUGUAUCUAUGGAAAAGAAAAACUUUGUGAGCACCAAGAUGCUCGAAAAAGAAAUCAUUAACAGAAAAAAAAAGCUGCGAAGAGGAGAAGAUCAACUGGUUGAAAAUUAA